AUUCGCAUCAAACGGGUUGGACUUGGUGCUGUCCCGAAGAGCACUAAACUUUCUUGGCCUCCAGAAAUCCGUGGCUAUGUGCUGAAUGCGUUCAUCUCUGAGGAUAAAUUUGCAGACGUUUCGCGUCCGGAGACCGAGGACAAAUUGAAGCUCAUCUUCCUCUCCCACAGGUUUUCGUCUCACAAAGUCGGCAGAUCGCUCAGGGCGUGGCUACUGAGCAAGCCCUUGACCUUCCAACUAACCUUAUGGAGUGGCAUCGCGACUUGAAUGAUUACAGGGAGGCCAUAAAUUUCUCCAUGGAGGGCAGAGUCUACGCCAGGAAAAUCAUUCGAACCGGACACUUUCGCGCCGCUGCACAACAACGACAGAUAAGGUCUGAGAUCAAUAUUAUUCGUAGACUUCGUCAUCCCCACAUCGUGAGGUUAAUCGAAACAUAUCAAGCCGGUCUCGAUUUCGGAAUCAUCAUGAGUCCGGUCGCUGACAUGGAUCUGGGUGAAUUUCUUGCUCGAGCCGAAGCCGAUGUCCACUUCUCUAAUGUUACGAAUGUCGUUCAACGCUUACACAAGUGGAUGUAUUGUCUUGCUAGCGCUGUCAACUAUCUCCACAAGGAGGAAAUUCGACAUAAGGAUCUCAAGCCAGCCAACAUCCUUAUCCAGGGCGACAAAAUCUUCAUCACGGACUUUGGCAUAUCAAAGGAUCUAAUCAACGAUUCCACAACCGGUUCUAUCGGCUUCCCCAGCAAGAGAACACCUAUGUACUGCGCACCUGAAGCCAACAUCGAAGGUGCGAGGCGAGGGCGUGCUUGCAGACAUGUUUUCGCUAGGGUGUAUAUUUCUUGAGAUGUUCACAGUCCGUUUGGGGGGUUCUCUCGCAAAAUUUUGAGGAAUAUCGAAUCACCGACGGCCUGCAGGCCUAU